GAAGCAAACUGAUUAUCGAUUGGCACAACUAUGGAUAUACCAUAAUGAGUCUGACUCAUGGAACAAGUCAUCCAAUUGUGAACAUUGCAAAGUGGUUUGUAUAAAAGGUUUCUUUUUCUUCCCCUCUUACAAAACAUGUAGUUUUAUAGAAUUAAAAAAAAAGUGGAAAGCAGCAAAUAAGAAGUAGAAAAAUAAAGUUUCUUUAAAGAGGUGAUAUGUAGAGUCCAAACUAACCUACACUUCCUUUCAGAAAGGGUACUGUUUAGAAUUAAAUAGAGAACGCCUUUUCUCUAGAGAAACAGGGAUUUUACUAUAUUCUGUUGUAAUUCCUUGUGUAUUUCAGUUUCUCAAAUUUGAAUAUAAUCUGCUUCUUGCCCCGUUUGUUUUGCCUAGCUCCUUUAUAUGUAUACUGAACAUUUUGGGCUAGUUUCUGUUCCAGCAUGUCAGAAUCUAAGAGGUAUGUAGGCAUCCAAGUGUGAACCCUAGUCUACCCUACUAAAGUUCCUGAAAAACUAGUAAAGCAAAAGGUGAGUGGCCCUCUCUAUGUUUCUUGACUUGCUCUGAAGAUUAAGGCCUCAUACAGACAUUUAGUUUCUUCUCAGAGAGUCAGUGUUCUCCCAGGAGAAACUAUGAAUGUACAGAUGUUCACGCUUUUUAUCCCAGAGUAAAAAUGGCCACUGCAGGAGAAGUAUAACCUGGGAACAGCCAGGGCUAAAUCAUUCCCAGGAGAAUUUCUCAUGGGAGAGCGAAUGUCUAUAGAUGCUAUGUUUUCUCUCAAAAGGGAACAUAGUCCUUCAGUAUAAUUCCCCCUCACUCCCACCUCCCUGUGAGACUAUGUGUUGCUCACUGGACUGUGCCGCUCUAGCAGGGAGCAGACCAUGCCCCCUUCACAAUCUCCACAUUGUGUUGCAGGGAGACACAGGAAGGCAACUGACAGUUUGGGUCAGCCAAUCAGGACUGUCCUAUGCACUACUGCCAUUUGUUGCCGGGUGGACUAAGGAAGCCUGCAGAGCACGCUGAGAUGUGUACACAGGACUCCUCUGUGGUUGCACAGUGUCUGCACUGUAUGAAAAAAUUUUUGGACGUCUGUCUGACCAUAACUUUUGUGUGACUAAUGCAAUGAAAGAAGAUUUACAAAUGAAUUAUAACAUCAAAGCCAUAACCCUCUAUGAUAAGCCAGCUGCCUUUUUUAAGGAAACACCAUUAGAACUUCAACAUAAAUUGUUCAUGAAACUUGCCAAAGACUAUGAUUCAUUUAAGGCACGAACAGAGUCUGCACAUCCAGAUGUUGAGAAGUCAGCAUUUACAGAAUUAGAUGUCAGAAAUGGAAGUUUGGCACACGUCAAAGAACGACCAGCGCUUCUAAUAAGCAGCACAAGCUGGACAGAGGAUGAAGACUUUUCUAUUCUUUUAAAAGCCUUAGAAGAUUAUGAACAAUAUAUCAAUGAUGGAGUCAGGAUCCCAUCUAUCAUAUGUGUGAUAACAGGCAAAGGGCCUCUGAAGGAACACUAUAACAGACUGAUAGACGCAAUGCACUUUAAACACAUCCAGAUCUGUACCCCUUGGCUUGAAGCGGAGGAUUACCCUCUUCUGCUUGGCUCAGCGGAUUUGGGUGUUUGUCUUCAUAAAUCAUCUAGCGGCUUGGAUCUGCCAAUGAAAGUGGUAGACAUGUUUGGUUGUUGUUUACCUGUUUGUGCAAUCUAUUUUGAAUGUUUACAUGAACUUGUUAAACAUGAUGAAAAUGGCUUGAUAUUCAGGGAUUCAAAUGAACUGGCAGAACAAUUGAAGAUGCUUUUCUCAGAAUUUCCUUCAAUUGACGGAAAACUUCAGCUGUUUAGAAGAAAUCUUCAGGAAUCGAAGCAACUGCGAUGGGAUGAGAGUUGGGACCAGACUGUACUUCCUCUUCUUAGCAGCAAUUAAUGAUUUUUCCAAAAAAUGAUAAAAUAGCUUGCUCUUCCAAUUGACACAUUCCUAAAUUGUUAUGCAUUUUAGAGACAGAAUAAAAAAUUUACACUUGGUCUUAGAUAAGUGUCUUUAAAUCUUUUAACUCUGAAGCAGCCAUUGCAACACACUUUUUCAUCUACGCUUUGAACUGGUUAUGUGAAUAAGAAAGACGCUAUGUGUAUGGGUGUUGGCAUUGUACUGUAGCAGAAAACCUUUGUACAUUUCCUUUCUGGGCAUUGAUAUAACACCCCCCCCCCCCAUUUUGUGCAUUUCUUUUCCUUCUCUGUAUUGGCAGAGAUCUAGCACACUUGUUGCAUGGGUGUGGCAAGGCUCAGAGCAAGCCAGAAAGCUGAAGUGGCUUUCUGUAGGAGAAAUGUAGAAACGACAUCUACAUAUCAAUUAAGCUCAGUGUCACUCAAGAAAAUGAAAGAACUAAAAUAUCCACUGCAAAGACUGUAAAUAUAUCCUGUGCUAACCUAACUCACUUACUGUCCCCAGUAGCCUUUGAUCCUCACUACCUCAUGUUGCAUUUUUAUAUAUUUCUCACAGUGCAUUUUCAUAUUUCAUCUGUCUCAUCUUUACCAUGGCAUUUUGUAUUUUCUAUUUUAUACUUUUAACCUCUUAAAGAAUGUACUCCCUGUAGAAUUAAGUGACACCCUGGACCAUUGUUAAAACUGCAUUGAAAAUUGUAACUGUAAAGUGAUAAAAUCUGUUGAGUGAAUGUGAGUGAAUGAUGAUCAUCAGUAAACAAUAGCCUAACCAAAGGAACUCCAUUUUAAGCUAAUCAAGCUAAAGAACUGAUUCCUGGAACUGAGCACUCACCCUAUGGACUAUUCCUAAAACCCAUGACAAUACAGCCAUUAAGUCAGUAAGUCAAGGGUGGGCUCCCAAAACUUCAGGUACCCACAGGCAGAGACCCCUGUGACUAAGAGCUCUCAGGUACUACUCAAGACCCACGUGGGACAACGAUCUCUGGAUUGGGUAGCCAAGAUGAUGCUGGGGGGAAUCACACAAGUCUGCCAGAAAGGGAUAAAAGGCAGUAAAACGUGACCCUCAGUGGCGCCCUCUCUUCCAGCACCUGGCCUACCGAGACAGAAGGACAAGCAGGCGACCCCCUUCUGGAGAAGACAUCACCUUGAAGGAAGCUGACCAUCAACAGCAGACUCCAGGGUCUCAGGUAGAUAUACUGACACCAGUGCUCUCACAAUCACUACAGCAGCUACUGUAUACUACAUGGGUUUGAAUGAGUGAGAGCAUGUGUGUGUAUAUGUGCUAAGGUGACCAGUGCCACCCAUAAUUCAAAGUUUGCAUUUAUGAUUUUAUUGGUAACUUCACAUCCUGUCCAAUAAACUAGAAUUUAUUAUGA